AAUUAAAAACAUAAAUCAUUUCCAAGCAAGAUUACAAACGCUAUCAGAUAGAUAGAGUUUUUAAUUUUUGAUUGAUUGAGACGUUAUUACUUAGAUUAAGUUUUGUCAUGUGGGGCGCGGUCGUGAUUUUAGCUGUUGUUGUUGCGGCUUCCGCCGACAGCGUGCUGCAGGCAUCUCCUGAGUUGUCACCACUUGAUUCCCGUAUAGUAUCAGGAUGGGACGCUCAAGAAGACCAGUUCCCGUACAUGCUAUGGCUGCGUACAGUACGCUGGACCGGUGACAUCACGGCCUGCGGUGGCUCCAUCAUCCAUCGCAGCUGGGGAGUCACCUCCGCUAGAUGUACUGCUCAACGCAUCGAAAUCACAAUCCAUGCUGGAAGCAUCUACCGCAGUAGACCGCGUGUAGUCCUCCAGGCUCGAGACACCUUCAGGCCACCAGGUUAUGAUGACGCUAUGCAGCCCAUCACCCAACCUAACGACAUCAGUCUUAUGAGGUUCAGCUCUGAUCUUACUUUUAACCAGCACAUCCAACCAAUCAGGCUGCAGCGUUCGGAAGAUAAAGACCGCGAUUACACCGGUGUCCGUAUGACUACGAGCGGUUGGGGAACCCAGUGGACGUGUCUCGAACUCGGAUGUUACACUCCUGAUAGACUGCAGUGGGUGCACCUGAAUGGAAUAUCAAACUUCAUGUGCCUGCUGAUGCAUAACUCCAACUACCUGGUCAGGCCGUCCACCAUCUGCGCUGGGCCAUACAACGUCACCAGCCAGUCUAUAUGCUCUGGUGAUAGUGGUGUUCCUUUGACUGCUGUAGAAGAUGAUGGAGUGGUCACACAAGUUGGGAUUGGUUCCUUUGUCUCCGGUUUCGGGUGCCAUGUUGGUAUGCCUGGCGGUUUCACUCGGCCCGGCUACUACCAGGAUUGGAUCCGCCAAGUCACUGGAAUCAACUUUGACCAGCGCAGUGUACCAACCGAAGACCCAGUCGAUGUAGAUCUUACAGAAAAUGAAAAAUAUUCUAAACCCCAAGAAGAAUAUAUGGCAUAGUUAAAACUUAAGCGUAUUCUUAUGUAUCUACUACAAAAGGUGUUUAAGAGAUAUUGAAACUGAUUUCCGCUAUGUUUAAAUCCAUUUUAGUUGUUUCUUAUCCCUACUUUCUUUUAAAACCCAACCUAAAGCUUCAAAAACACCUUGUCGCUGUGUUUGACGCCUAAAACGACAACAGCGCCAUUGUUAUGUUUCAUAUUCGCGAACUACGAAAAAGCAUUUUUAUCACAAUCCUACAUUAAAAUUUUAUUUUCUAUACUUAUAAUAAAUAUGUAGAGAGGUCAAUAUAUGAUGUUCCUAUCUAUUGUAAUAGCAAAUCUGCUAUUAUUGCAUUUCACCCCAGUAGGGCAAGCAUAAUCGGGGCAAAUCCAUGUGGUUAAAUCCCUCAGAUGCAACGAAUAUAAUUGAAAACUAUAAAACAAAAAUAUCUGCGCACUGCAUCUUUUUGGGCAUGUGACUGGAUUGUAUAAUAGUUAAUUACCUUAAUAAAAAUUAAUAACCUCACAAACAAUUAAACAUUUUUAUUGUUUUCGAUAAUGAACUGCUUAAAAACAUAGGUAUAUUGCCCAGUUU